AUGACGGCUGUCGCAAGCCCGCCAACUUUCGCUCAACAUAAUCGGCCGGCAUGGAGUAUUAACGGCGGACACGCCGGUCAGAUCAAUUCCAUGAAUCCCGAUGAGCUGAACCGGAUGUUACUGCCUCGAAAGAACUUGCAGCGAAACAACUCUUCCUCUUCCAUUUCUUCGACUUCAUCCGUAUCAUCCACCUCAACUAUCGCUACUACCGGCUCCCAAACGAAUGGCAACUCUGUACCAACUUCGGGAGACAUGGGCGCGUGGAAUAAUGGUACCGGAACACGAAAGCGACCCCAACCGAAAGCCCCGUGGCCGACUCCGAAACCAGAUGCUCAGUCGGAUUUUGUAAGAAUGUCUGCAGGACGCCCGCAGUUGGUUGGUGGCAUAAAUGGAUCUGCGCCGAUGCAUUCAGCUUCACCAGUAUUACCUUCCCAAGGCAUGAUUGGAGCGCAGCAAGGAAUGUCCCGUCCCAUGGCUGAUUCCUUAACCGGCGGGAACCAGCCUGUAUUAUAUCUCUUAUCUCUCAACGGAACGUUUGAGCGCAAAACGAUAUCUGUCCCGUUUUCUCCUGAGACCCUUAGGAUUGGUCGUCAGACGAACGCAAAGACAGUUCCCACACCAGUUAAUGGUUUCUUCGACUCGAAAGUCCUUUCCCGCCAACAUGCAGAGAUCUGGGCGGACCGCCAGGGAAAGAUCUGGAUUCGCGAUGUUAAGUCUUCGAACGGUACUUUUGUCAAUGGUACACGAUUGUCACAAGAGAACCGCGAGUCCGAGCCACAUGAAUUGCAAACCAACGAUCAUUUAGAACUGGGUAUUGAUAUCGUUAGUGAGGAUCAGAAGACCAUUGUGCAUCAUAAAGUGGCGGCGAAGGUUGAGCAUGCAGGUUUCUUGAACCCUUCGAGUAAUCUUCUCGAUAUGAAUUUCGGCGAUCUCGAUCCUGCGAAUGGCUCGAUGAUGAUGAUGGGUCCGCAAGGUGGUCUGCCUGCUCGGCCUAGAACGGGAAGUCAAGCUUCCAUGGCGAGUAACGGACGGAUUGCGGGCGGUAGUAUGAUGGGGUCCCAAGGAAACGUCAUGGGUCAUCAACGAGGUCUGUUCUUUUCGCCUAUUAGCACCGAGCAGAUUGUAAAGCGGCUUCAGCAUGAGAUGCGGAAUCAGCGUCUUCAAUCACAAGAUCUGGGUCGAACAAAUCAGUUUGUCCAAGGACUUCUGACGAAAGAUGAUAUUAAGGAUAUCGAGAAACCCGAAGUAGCUGAGCAGCCACGGUCACAAAUAAUCAAUGGAAAUGGGAUAUCAUUCAGAUCCGAUAAUAAAACACGAUUCUCUGAUCCUCCAGCCCCACCACCACAACAACCUUUGCCCGAGAAACCAGAUGUUCCGUCUCUAAAGCGAGGUAUCACCGAGCGGCCUAAACAGCCUAGCCAGAACAUGUCACCGAUCCGACAGGACGGAAUGAGCCAGAUCCUACACUUGACAGAAUUAUUGAGUAACGCGAAGCGGGAAAUAGAAAAUCAAAGUUCACGUAUGCGAGAACUUGAGGAAACCUUGCAGAAAGAGCGACUAGCUCGAGAGCUUGCCGAGGAGUUGGCCAGAAGAUUAGAAGAGAACUCUAACAUACAGACAAAUGGUGUUCCCGUGAAGUCGGAAGCUCAGGGGACCGCAUUAGAAGAAGCUUUCGAACCACCCAUAGAUGAAGUAUCGCCUGCUACCGAUAAUAUUCUCAACGCCACUAACAAAACAGCUCCGCAAGCUGAAGCCAUCGAAGCUUCCGCCACGCAGUUACAUACUCAGAUUGAGUCAAUGGUAUUAGAAAUCAGGGAUCUACGACAGCAGCUCGAUGCUUUCAAGCAGCGAGCGGAGACAGCUGAAGCUGAAAGAGAUGCAGGCCGCAAGAGUCUAGCAGAAAUGGCUUUGCAGAUUCGAAGAGAUGCUGAAGCUAAAGAAGCUGCUGCACGGGAGAAAGCUCUAUCGGAUUCCCGUGCCAUCAAGAAAUUUAGCAAUGCCAUUGUGACUUCUGAGGACUUGUCCACUGUGGCUAGAACAUCACCUCCAGACUCAAGCCAGGGUCAGUCAGAUUCUAGCGAAACCAUUGACCAACCCACGCUCUCAAGGGCCAAUACCAUUACGCCACAUUCCACGAUGUCGGGGCUUUUACCACGCGAUCAGGCAUUGGCAAACAGCAUACCUUACGCAUCUAUGAUAGGAGUUGUCCUUAUCGGUAUGGGCUUAAUGGUUUAUAUAAACGGGUGGCAACCGCAGCCAAGACUCGAGCGAUGA